GAACAAGGGGCACUUUCACAGGACUCCUGGCAGCAGAGGUGAAUGGCUAGCCCUAUGGAUAUGGCUUGCUGAUUUUGAUAAAUGAUUGAUUGCUUUCAGAUAGGCAGCACUGCAGAACUUUUCAUGGAUUUUCAUCUUAUUCUGCACUUUUAAAUUAUCUGGGUAAUUGUUAGUAUUGCCUUGGGUGGGACUAAAGGCAAACUUAACGCCUUGCAUUUGAGUUGAACUAGAACUAUAAGGUGGAGUGAGUUAUAGUUGCUUUGCAUGUGCCCAGAUCUUCCCUGUAUACAGAGUCCCUGUAUUACACCCAGAGUGAGCCUACGCUUACAGGUGAUAGCUUGGGCAGGAUAACAAUGUCUCCGACAGGGAAGGUGGACUCAUUUCUGCUAAUGGUCAUACCGGGGCUGGUGCUCCUAUCAUUACCCAACGCUCACUGUGCUUCAUGUGAGCCUGUGCGGAUUCCCAUGUGCAAAUCUAUGCCAUGGAACAUGACUAAAAUGCCCAACCAUCUCCACCACAGCACUCAAGCCAAUGCCAUUUUGGCAAUUGAACAGUUUGAAGGUUUGCUGACCACUGAAUGUAGCCAGGACCUUCUGUUCUUUCUGUGUGCUAUGUAUGCCCCCAUUUGUACCAUCGAUUUCCAGCACGAGCCAAUUAAGCCUUGCAAAUCUGUAUGUGAAAGGGCCAGGGCCGGCUGUGAGCCCAUUCUCAUCAAGUACCGGCACACUUGGCCAGAGAGCCUGGCAUGUGAGGAGCUCCCCGUAUAUGACAGAGGAGUCUGCAUCUCCCCAGAGGCUAUCAUCACGGUGGAACAAGGAACAGAUUCGAUGCCAGACUUCCCCAUGGAUUCAAACAACGGAAAUUGUGGAAGCACGGCAGGGGAGCACUGUAAAUGCAAGCCCAUGAAGGCUUCCCAAAAGACGUAUCUCAAGAAUAAUUACAAUUAUGUAAUCAGAGCAAAAGUGAAAGAGGUGAAAGUGAAAUGCCACGACGCAACAGCAAUUGUGGAAGUAAAAGAGAUUCUCAAGUCUUCCCUAGUAAAUAUUCCUAAAGACACAGUAACACUAUAUACCAACUCAGGCUGCUUGUGCCCCCAGCUUGUUGCCAAUGAGGAAUAUAUAAUUAUGGGAUACGAAGACAAAGAGCGCACCAGGCUUCUAUUAGUGGAAGGAUCCUUGGCUGAAAAAUGGAGAGAUCGCCUUGCUAAGAAAGUCAAGCGUUGGGAUCAGAAACUUCGACGUCCUAGGAAAAGCAAAGACCCCGUGGCCCAAAAUACCAACAAAAACAGCAAUUCCAGACAAGCACGUAGUUAGACGAAUGGAAAGGUGUAUGGAAAUUCCAUGGACUUUAAUACUAAGAUUUGCAUUGUUGGAAGAGCAAAGAAGAAAUUGCACUACAGCACGUUAUAUUCUAUUGUUUACUACAAGAGGCUGGUUUAGUUGAUUGUAGUUCCCCCUUUCCUUUUUUUUAUAAUUAUAUUUGCACGUGUUCCCGGGCAAUUGUUUUAUUCAACUUCAAGUGGCAGAACGGUGACCGAACAUCUAGGCCUGAUGAAGCACAAUUCAUUUCUGAUCGACCAAUGGUGACGAGUGUGUGAUACUUUGCCAAAGUGACAUGAUUGCAAUGGUUGGCCAAUGUUGCUUCUUCUUUAGAUGAACAAAUGAGAGAUCACAUUGAAUGACGGCUUUGAUCACUUUCCAUUUAAUACUUUUAGUUAGACAAUAAGUGGGGUGUGCCUAAAUUUGAAUAUUUUGUCUGGUUCAGACUGUAUGGUCUCUGUGGGGAAGGUAAAUACCUGCUUUGUCAAUUCUGUUUUAAAAAUUGCCUGAAUAAAUAUUAAGUCCUAAAUAUCA